AUGUCGACAAAACGUCGAACCGUCGACGCCCUCUCACGGGCACUUUGCCCAGCAAUUGAUGAGUUAAUUCUCUCUCGGGCCACGCCACCAGUCUUGCUCUCUUCCCGGUCGGAUCCUACCCACCGUCAAGGACAUGCAAGACACACACCAUCAAGCUAUGUCUCAGGGGUGCGAGGGGUGCAUACCGGUCCGCCCAAACACAACCAGCAGCCACGGAGGAAGAAGCUCAAGACCCCGGAAUGGGCGACGGCCCCUCUACCAACUCUGCGGCCGAAGCCAGUGGUGGUCCGGAGGGAUUCAGAGCCACUGCCUGAACCACCAAAACUCGACCAUUUCCCGAGCUGGGCGCUGAAUGAGAUUACGCUCCCCGCACCAGAAGCUGAGCCAGCAAUAGCUAAGGAGCCACCAGUACCAGCACCAACCGACAAGCCAGCAGCUCCAAACCCUAAACUGGGCAGCGUGGACGCAGCUACCAUAAUCCAAUCCGCAGAAGACCUACCGCGUGAAACACCAUUCGCCUUGACAUCGGUCAUCUAUGAGGUCCUACGCAGCCUACGCAAGCAGAAGGAUCAAGGCAAUAAGAUUCGUCGCCUUGUGCAGUUUCUGGUCGAACAGCGCGGCGAACCACCCAAUGCCCUGCUCUACGAGGCACUGGUCACGGCCAACUGGGAUACGGCGACCGGUUCGGCGGACGAACUCGUCGCGAUCUACAAGGACAUGGAGGCAGCCGGAGUUGCGCCGUCACCGGGUUGGUAUCAUAGUGCUUUGAGGCUGCUUGCUAUCCACCCGGAUUAUCUCAGUAGGAACAGAUACUUGAAAAGGAUGAAGGAAUCAAGCGUUGCGCUUACCGACGACGGCAAGUUUAGCGUUGCUCUGGGGCUACUGCGUGACGGCCAGACAGAAAUGGCGCUAGACUGCUGGGACGAGAUGCGCCGGUCCAAGAUGCAAAUCCCAGAGUGGGUGUCGUCUAUAUUCUUUUACGCCCUCAUGAUGCGUGGGGUUGUGGAUGAGGCACUCCAACUCUUUCAGGAGAUUCUCGAGAUGGCAGGGAACAAACCAGAAGGAGUCCCCCUCAUCCUCUGGUCUUACCUCCUGGACGAGUGCAGCCGGAAUCUGCACUACGAAGGCACCAGGUUUGUCUGGGACACGAUGGUCACGCCGGGUACGAUCAACCCGGCCGAUGGGAUCCUGCUAAACGUACUUAACACAGCAGCACGGCACGGUGACGCGGCGUUGGCUACGACGGUCGUUGAGCUGCUGGCAGCGCGCGAGGCUAGGGUCGGGCUGCACCACUACGAGCCGCUGAUGGAGAGCUACGUGCAGGGCGGGGAAUUGGAGAGCUCAUUUCGAGUGCUCUGCAUCAUGAACGAUGCUGGACUCGUGCCAGACCACUCGGGCACGCGGCCCAUAUUGGCAGCCCUACGCCAAGCGCCAGAGCUGCGUGUCCCUGCAGCAGCCAUCAACGUCGUCCUCGAGGCGCGCAUCGUGAACACGACCGAUGCCGCUGCCGCUGCUGCCGCCACCGCUACUGCUACCUCUACCUCUACCUCUCAACCAACCCCCCAAAGCCCCCCCUACUGGGACGAAACCAACCACAACCCCAACACCAACCCCGAUCCCGACCUCACCUCCCUCCUCACCCUCUACCGCCAACUCGCCAACCUCAGCAUCUCCGGCCCCAACGAACAAACCUUCCUCCUCCUCCUCGACCAAUGCACACACACCCAGCCAGCCGCCUUCUUACUCUCCGAGAUGGACCGCUUCGCCAUCCGCCCGACGCCAGCCAUCCUCCGACAUCUGAUCCGGUGCUUCGCACACGACGGCGACCUUGACGUUGCGCUGGGGUAUGCGGCUGAAUUGGGCCGGCUGUCGCCUAGUGUGCUGGCACGGGCACAUUCGGCUCGUGCUGCUCGUGCGCGCAUGGCGCGCAUGCCGCAAGAUCGCUUAUCCGCAUUAUUACGAUCAUCACCGUAUGGAAAGAGCGCCGAAGAAGAAGGAGAAGAGGAGGCAACAGAUAAGGCCGAAGAAGUAGACCAGGCACCGCUAUCGUUGCGGGAAGUUUGCCGGUAUGUGCUAGAUGAACGGACACUGUGGGUGUUGGCGAGGCGGUGCGGAGAGGCGAAAGACCCGCGUGUGUGGGAGCUGGCGGCGGCGGUGAUAAGGCGGAGUCGGAGGUUGUUGUUUACGAUGGGCGAGGCGGUGAAAUGGGUGGAUGGGGUUCCGAGGUUGGAUGGGCGGGAGAGUGUUGGGUUGGAGGCUGAGGAGGUGCAGAAGGAAUUGGAGAUGAUGGGGUUUGAGCCUUGA